GUUCAACCAUUUCAGGAGGUAUCAUAUGAUGACAACCAGUUGUAUUGAAGGAAGAAGUCCAGGCUGCAUGGAAGUCAUUGGUGAAAAACAAGUCUUCAGAAAUUGAUGGAAUACCAAUUGAGAUAUUUCAACUAACAGAUUUAAUGCUGAAAGUGGUCACUCGUCUAUGCCAAGAAAUUUGGAAGACAGCUACCUGGACAACUGACUGGAAGAGAUCCAUAUUUGUGCCCAUUGUGAAGAAAGGUGAUUCAACGGAAUACAGAAAUCAUUGAACAAUUUCAUUAAUAUCACAAGUAAGUAAAAUUUUGCUGAAGAUAAUUCAGAAGAGGAUGCAGAACAAAGGAGAGGAUGUGAUAUGAGGGAUAUCAUUGCAGAUGUUAGAUGGGUAUUGGCUAAAAGCAGAGAAUACCAGAAAGAUGUUUACCUGUGUUUGAUUUACUAUGCAAAGACAUUCAAUUGUGUGUAUCAUAACAAAUUAUGGAUAACAUUGAGAAAGAUUAAAAUUCCAGAACAGUCAAGUGUGCUCAUGCAGAGCCUGUACAUAGGCUGAGAGGCAGUUGUUCAAACAGAACAAGGGGACACAGCAUAGUUUAAAAUCAGGAAUAGUGUGUGUCAGAGUUGUAUCUUUUCACCAUGCUAAUUCAGCAUGUAUGCUGAGGCAAUAAUCUUAGAGGCUGGACUUUAUGAAGAAGAACAGGGUAUCAGGACUGGAGGAAGAUUCAUUAACAACCUGCAAUGUGCAGAUGACACAGGUUUGCUUCCUGAAAAUUAAAAGAGCUUGAAGCAUUUGCAGAUGAAGAUCAAAGAUUACAGCCUUCAUCACCAUGGAUUACACUUAAAUAUAAAGAAAAUGGAAAUCUCACAACUCAGACAUUAAGCAACAUCAUGAUAAAGGGAGAAAAUAUUGAAGUUGUCAAGGAUUUCAUUUUACUGAGAUCUACAAUCAACGCCCACGGAAGCAGCAGGCAGGAAAUCAGAUGGCGUAUUGCAUUGGGCAAAUCUGCUGCCAAAGACCUCUUUAAAUUGUGAAAAAGCAAAGAGAUCAGAAUUCUGCUUAGGACACACUAACAAAUUGUUGCUUUUUUUUUUCUCCAGUUUUUGAAAAGCAUGUAUUUUCUUUUUCCCCCCAUUCCUCUGUUUUUGGGGAAAAAAAGAUGUACUACAUAUCACCUUGGUGCCCUUAUGAUGCAGUGAUUAAGAGCUCUGUUGCUAACUGAAAGGUUGGCGGUUCCAAUCUGCCAGCUUCUCCAUCAGGGGAUGAUGUGGCAGUCUGUUUUUGCAAAGAUUUCAGCCUUGGAAACUCUAUACAGCAGUGUAACUCUGUUCUGUAGGGAUGCUAUGAGUUGGAAUCGCCUAGAUGGCAAUGGGUAUAUAUUAUUUAUGGGAAUAAUGUUUCCAUCUUCAAAUAAUUGGAAGAGUCUCAUUGCCAUAAUCGGAUAAUAGCAUGAAGUUUCACGUAGCACACUCUAUCCUGACCUCAGGUCCUGACUGUGGGUCUUGUUUUGAUGCUGUCACUACCUACGUGGUCAGAGUUUAGGUGACUUUGAAUAUCACGGAAAGCAACUGGGUUUUAAUUCAGUUGGAACUUUUCAAGUGGCAAGUGAUGGAAUCUGUAGCAAAUCCUAAAAAUGGCUUGGAAUUGCUAGAGCUCAGUAAGUGUUAGUAGUGGUAAUGGCAGCAGUUUUUGACAAUUUUGACAUUUAUUAUUAUCAAUUCUGAUGAUACAACUAUUAAUUAGAACAAUAACAACAAGGGAUAAGAACCUAAAUGAUGGGACAUUCCAAUGGAAAUAGAAAAUUGAAAGGACAAAUUUUGAGGAAAAAAUGAAAAUGAAGAAGCUUGAUUGAGUCGAGGGCUUGAACUCCUCCCCAAGUCCCUCUGCAGAGCCUGGUGAGCCAGGUCCCCAUCUCCUCAUGAAGUGCACCACAUCUUUUCCUCCCUGCAGAUAAGUUGAUUGUACAUGAACCACAAUGGUUGACGUUCUAGAAGAGUGGACCUCAAAGUAUAGUCCCAGGCCAUCAGCAAUAGCACUUGAGAAUUUGUUAGAAAGAACUAUUUUAGAGCCUUAGACCCCAAAUUCUGAAGCCAAUAGUCUGAGUGUGGGGGCUCAACAAGUCCUUCAACUGAUUCUGACAAAAAGCAGUUUGAGAACCAUUGUUCUAAAAAACGGAUGUAGAGUUUGUUUUUCUGCUAGCUCGAAGGCUUGGGAAAAUUCCCAAGGAAAAAGCUAUGUAUUUUUUUCUCUUUUAUUCCUAUUACGUGGCACAAUGUGGAUAAAGAAUAGAUAUUCUAUAAACACAUAAAUUCUACCUAUGUGGUCAGAGAGUUGAAGACUUUUAAAGCAAGGAGCACUAGUGUCAUAGUGUCUAAGAGUUUGGCUGCUAACCAAAAGAUCAGCAGUUCAAAUCUACCAGCUGCUCAUUGGAAACCCUAGGGGGCAGUUCUACUUUGUCUUACAGGAUUGCUAUGAGUCUGAUUUGACUCAAGGCACAGAACAACAACAAGAAAAAAAAAUCAAGGAGGCUAUUUGGGUCUUUAUUCAGGUGGAUAUUUUGGGGGAGAUAUGGUGCAGUGGUAUGGUAAUGGAUAAGAGAAAAAGCAGAAAGAGGGGGAAGGGAGGAUGGGAGAAAGACAGAUGAAGGAAUAGAAAGGGGGGAGGGAGAAGGAGAGAGACAGAGAGUAGAAAGAUUUGUAGUAUUCACUUCAUUUCACAAUACAGAUGCGAGAAUUUCUUUGAAAUAAGCAACACUUUUAGAUCUCUUUCCUAUCACUUCCAUCAUCAGACUCAUCAACAACGUGACAUCAGAAAACCAAACUGGUGUAGCAGCAUUCUUCCUCCUGGGGCUCUCAGAGGAUUCAGAACUGCAGCCCUUCCUCUUCGGACUAUUCCUGACCAUGUACCUCGUCACUGUGUUGGGGAACCUACUCAUUAUCCUGGCCAUCAGCUCAGACUCCCACCUCCACACCCCCAUGUACUUUUUCCUCUCCAACUUGUCCUUCACUGACAUCUGUUUCAGCACCACCACAGUCCCCAAGAUGCUGGUGAACAUCCAGACACAGAACAAAUCCAUCAGUUACACAGGCUGCCUCACCCAGGCUUGCUCUGUCAUGAUGUUUGCAGGCAUGGAAAAUUUUCUCCUUGCAGCAAUGGCCUAUGACCGCUAUGUGGCCAUCUGCCAACCACUGAGGUACACAGUCAUCAUGAACUCUCACCUCUGUGGUCUGCUGAUUCUACUCUCCUUGUUCAUUAGUUUGGUGGAUGCCCUGCUCCACAGGCUGAUGAUACUAAGGCUGUUCUUCUGCACAAACAUGAAAAUCCCUCACUUCUUCUGUGAUCUUGCUCAGGUCAUCAAACUUGCCUGCUCCAAUACUCUUGUCAAUAGCAUCCUGAUAUAUUUACUAACUAGUAUACUGGGUGGUGUUCCUCUCCUUGCGAUUAUUUGCUCUUAUAUUAAAAUUAUUUCUUCCAUUCUGAGAAUACCAUCAGCUGGUGGAAUGUAUAAAGCUUUCUCCACCUGUGGGUCUCACCUGUCAGUGGUUUUCUUAUUCUAUGGGACAGCUUUUGGUGUGUACAUUAGUUCUGCAGUUACUCAUUUUUCCAAAAAGACAGCAGUAGCCUCAGUGAUGUACGCUGUGGUCUCUCCAGUGAUGAACCCAUUUAUCUACAGCCUGAGGAACAGGGACAUGAAGGGAGCCUUGAAGAAACUCCUGUGGAGAACAUUUUCUUUUUCAUGAUUGUGUUAUCUGCUUUAGGUUUGGGCUUCUAGAAUGAGUCAUAGUGAAAGAAUACUGGGUGAAUCAGAAUGUUAGAACCUUCUAGUAACAAGUUUUUGUUUUUUACAUUUUGAUAAUAAAAAUAAUUUUAUCUUUAUAUUUAUUCUUAUGCAUUUUUACCUAUGUAUGUAUUUACUUACACAUGCUUCUGCCUUGUGACAAUUUUUACCUUGUUAGCAAGACAUGUUAAAGCAUUUAUUUUUUUAUGUUUAAUUUGGUCAAUAUGUAUGUAACAAAACAUUUGUCAUGUCAACAUUUUUUGCUUGUACUAUUCAGGGACAUUAAUUACAUUCUUCAUGUUGUUCAACUGCCAUUACUGCCCAUUUUCAAAUUUUUGCAUCACUGUUACUUUAGUAUCCCCUACACAAUGAGUCUUCCUUUCUUUUUUCUUCCUCACCACCCCUGACA